AAUCCUAUAAAUAUAUAAAUACCUAUUCAGUUUCUUCUCACUCGCCUCACAAAAACCUCUUGCCCUAGCUCAUUCAUCCUCCUCUCCGCCGAAAAAAUGCCUCCAAAGGUCGAUCCAUCUCAGGUCGUCGAGGUUUUCGUCCGAGUGACAGGUGGUGAAGUCGGUGCAGCAAGUUCACUCGCUCCCAAAAUUGGUCCACUCGGUCUUUCUCCCAAAAAGAUCGGUGAAGACAUUGCUAAGGAAACCGCAAAGGACUGGAAGGGACUCCGUGUCACCGUUAAGCUUACGGUGCAGAAUCGUCAAGCUAAGGUCUCCGUUGUUCCAUCCGCCGCCGCGCUUGUUAUCAAGGCAUUGAAGGAACCAGAACGUGACAGGAAGAAGACGAAGAACAUCAAGCAUAAUGGAAACAUCUCGCUUGAUGACGUCAUUGAGAUUGCUAAGGUGAUGCAGCCUAGAUCUAUGGCGAAGGAUUUGAGUGGUACUGUGAAGGAGAUUUUGGGAACUUGUGUGUCUGUUGGUUGUACGGUUGAUGGUAAGGAUCCUAAGGAUUUGCAGCAAGAGAUUGCUGAUGGAGAUGUGGAGAUUCCUGAGAAUUGAGAGGGAUUUAGCAUGUGUUGAUCCCCUUUGAUGGAGGUUAUGCUCUGAUUUUGUUUUUAUAGUAGUUAAUUUUUAUGGUGUUACGUUUUCAGUAUUAUGUCAUCGAGGAUAAUUUUAAUAUAAGUAUGACGAUUAAUAUUUGGAUUA